CUGCUUGACAUUAUUAACAUUGGAAGUGUGGUAAUUAUAUUGCCAGACAUUAUGCACCAAGUCGGCUUUAGAGCUGAUCAAUUGCAGUGGGUGAGCUCAGCUUAUGCACUUGCAUUUGGUGCGCUCCUCCUGGUUGGGGGCCGUCUAGGUGAUCUGUUUGGGCAUCGGCGGAUGUACAUACUCGGUAUUACAUGGUUUUCAAUUUGGUCACUUGUCAAUGGGUUUGCCAAAAACCCAAUUGUCAUGUCCGUCGGACGGGCCUUGCAAGGAGUGGGUGCAGGAUUUACAAUCCCAAAUGCCCUUGCAAUCUUGACCACAACCUACCCUGCAGGGCCUGAGCGCAAUCAAGCUCUUGCAGUCUUUGGAGGCAGUGGCGCGGUUGGAUCUGUCCUUGGAGUCCUCCUGGGCGGUCUCCUUGGCUCGACUAUAGGAUGGCGAUGGAUCUUUUACUUCACAGCGAUUCUGGGCUUCAUUAUGGCUGCGCUUGCUAUAGUUAUUGUUCCCAAAGAGAGGGAUAUCUCUACAGUAGAGGAUCGUCGCAUUGAUAUAAUGGGAAGCUUUUUAUUUACGCUCGGUAUUGUUGCAGUGAUUUAUUACUUGAGCGAAGGUCCUAAUGCAGGCUGGGCUUCAGCCUUAGCCUUGGUACCUUUCUGUGUGGGGCUUGUAUUCUUGCUCGGAUUUUUGGUAGUGGAAUGGAAAAUCAAGUUUCCAAUCAUGCCUUUACAUAUUUGGCAUUCUCGACGUUUAGUAGCCUCAACGUUGGCGAUUAUGAGUCAAACGGCCGCCACCAAUGCCAUGGUCUUUUUCUUUUCGUUGACAGCCCAAAACGUCCAGAGCUAUUCUCCCAUGACCACAUCAUUGUGUUUUAUCGCCAAUGGUCUUGGUUCACUCCUGUGUAUGGCAAUAAUGACAAAGUUGGUGACGAAGGUUAGGACCAAAAUCAUUUCAGUCUUUGGUUCUAUAUGCUCUAUUGCUUCUUUCGUCCUCUUAGCCCAGAUAAAGGAAGAUUCAAGUUAUUGGUCCAUAGCUUUCCCAGCUUUGAUCCUCAACGCCCUGGGUAUGGCGCCUAUAUGGCUCUGCUGCCAGAUUAAUUCUGUAGCCGAUGCUAGGAAUGAGGAUCAGGGUGUUGUUGGAGCAAGUAAGUAA